UUUCAGUGCGAUGCGGUCCGACAACGACGUUUGACGUGUUCGCUCAUUUGAUUCGUCGUGGAAUUGGUUGCAUCGUCUUAAUCAACAGUAUAGGCCCGUAGUUGUCAAUAGCAGUUCGUGACACUAACUUUGUGCUUCCAUUUGGGACGUACGAUUUAGUUUACUGUGCUCGCGUAGUGGCGGCAUUGCUUUUUAUUUUUCGUUAUACGCAGAGAUACAUACUUAUGUUUCUCCACCUUCACAUAGCGCAGUAGUUACUGUCGCAGUCGCGCUAUCGGGGCAGCCGUCGAACAGAGCGCUCAGUCGCAGCACAACCAACAGUUGGCCCUCGCGCAAAUAGAAUCUGUUGAUUCUAAAUAUUAUGAUUACAACACACAAACGUGUAAACACUCGCAGGCUGUCGUCGAACCCGUAUUCUCUCGCGCACCAACAAAACUCACUACACAAUAAGAGCAAAUUAAAGAAGAAACAAAAACAGAAAAAAUAAGAAAACAAAAACAAACACAGAGGAAAGUGUUCGAAUGAAGAUAAUAAAAAUAAUAAUUAAGUGUCGCUGUUUCACGACUCCAAGCUCAACUUAGCCGGAGGAAAAACAAAAUAAGCCAGCCAGACAAAAAGCAAAGCAAAACAAAAGCCGGCCAGUCGCUCAUUGGCAUGCCAAACAAAUGAAACAGAAUCUAGUUACCUAGGUGAUUUAGUCUAUUUCGGAGGAUAAACCUAUCUUACCGUUCGAAGUUCUCCUUCGAUACAAAAAUAAACAAACGAGAGCAUGUGUAGUAUAUAGGUCUUUGUUGUUGUUACAGUUGCUGUUGCUAUUCGCGUCGUCGAAAAAAUUCUUUACAAAUAAAAAAUGAAAAAUGUGUUAAUUUAAUAAUAAGAAAUAAAUCAAAAUAAAAAUAAGCCCGAAAGAGAGCCCCAGUGUUCGAGAGAAGAAAAGUGGAAAGAAGUAACAAAACAAAAUAAAAGUCAAAGAAGAAUCAACAAGUCGGCAUCGCACAACUAAACCAACCAUACACCGCAACACCCCUUUCACCCACAUUACAAAUUGAAAGAUCAUUAGCCAGAAUCGUCUCUUCGCUGUCAUUGAAAUAUGCAACAAGACUGAACGCCGACCAACCGACCGACCGAACAACUACCAUGUGCACUUCGUGCUGAAAAUCUGGAAAUCAAACCAACUGAACGCAAACCUUGGCCAAUAACCAAAUUUAUUGGUUUAAAUAUUUUAGAAGGACAUGAACAGCAUUUGAAAACCCAACCUCCUGGAUGGUAAACUGCGUUUUUAUGGAAAUUGAUGGCGGGAAGAUUUCAAGAGAAUCGAGCGAAGGUGACAUUCAUCACAUCCCCUUGGCGACGUAAACAAAAGCUUUCGGCCUAAUCAAGUAAUGCUUGAGUGAUUUUUCUCAAAUACACAAAGGGGAAUUCAAGGAACAAGGCGGAAUUUUAUGUUAAGUCUCGCUCGGUGGAGUAGUAGGGCCUAGACAAACUUACAAUAAAAUGGGUUGUUCUCCCAGCAGUUUGGCAAGAAACACAGGAUCUUCGGACUUGGCCGAGGUUGGAGGCACAGCUGGCACUGUGGCCACAACAACCGAAAAGGAUGGGAAUAUUUUCUUUUGCAUCAGACUAAAAAGGUCUCGACUACGUCGUUGCAGCCAACAAAAUGGUGGAGACGGAAGCGGUGGUAGCGGCACUGGUAGCGGUAGUGCUUGUGUCAAUGGCGACGAUUUAUGCAACCAGGCUCUUCUCAAUCCACUGCAGACGAAAAACGAAGGAGACUAUGAAAAGAUGAGCAGUGGAAAGAAAGAUUCCAUUGUAACUGUUGCAGCAUUGGGCAAUUUUACACACACUGUCGUCCGACGGGCCACUGGAACCGACUCUUCCGGUCUUGAGCAGUGCUGAUUUAUCGUACGAGUAUUUUAUUAACAAUUGAAAUAU